AUGGCGGAAGCAGCUUCCGCCGCUGCUGCUUCCGCCGCGGCGAGCGACGCCGCUCCACCCGCUUCCCCGCGCAACGCAGCCAGCUUUCCCCGCAGCAGCUCCGCCAAGGUAUCCGCCUUCUCCACUUCCGCGUCCUCCACUUCCGCCAGUCACGAUCGUCCCCUAACCUUUCCGCCAGCGAUGGCCGAGUACGCCUCUCCCGUACGACAGCAGCAGGACAAGUACAUCUACACGCCGUUGAGCGACGUGCCUGCAGCAGCGGGGCAGAAGGUGAAUGUCUUCGGCGUGGUGGUCCUCGCAGACAACAUCCGGCACUCCCAGGGGACAGAGCACGGUGAUCCACAGAGGCAACAUGGCUCUGUGGGCCUCCAUCCACCAACACACACCCCUACUCCACCCUUCGCCAGGUCUUCACCCAUCCUGAGGUGCCGUACCGCUUCCGCUGUGCAGCAUGAGUCGUAUUUGCCUCUCCCGUUCACCCCGCUCGCUUCACUGCUUUCGUCCCGAGAGAGGUCCGUUGAGCCGUUGGAGAUGCCCGAAUUCCAAGAAGAUCGUCAUGGACUGAUGGCCAGCCACGGGGGUGGGGGCAUUCGACUCUAUGGUCAUCAGCUGCUCUUUCUCACUGCAUUCCCUUGA